AUGGCGGACGUGAAGGACGUGGUAGAGUGCCCGGUCUGCGACAAACGGUGUUUAGACAAUGACAGAGCGAUUUUCUGUAAUGGAAUGUGUCACUCCUGGCACCACGCCAAAUGUGUGAACAUAACUGUAAAAAAGUAUAGUGAAAUACAGAAGGUGGAAGAUUUUAUGAAGUGGUUUUGCCCGGUCUGUGACGUCAAACUGAGGAACUACAUCUCCCGAACCAAUGCGGAAUCGGAGCUAGCUUCAACCGCUGUGGAAAUAAUUGGCAUCUCGACAACGUUGCUGUCUGUGUAUAGGUCACCUGAUGGCCCCUUUGAAACAUUUAUAACACAACUGGAGCUGUGUCUUGACUUUCUUAGUAAACUUUACUCAAGGCUGAUUGUGUGUGGCGACUUCAACGUGCAUCUGGAACGCCCUUCGAGAGAAGAAUCCAUAUUUGUGAACUUAUUAAGAAGUUUUGAUCUCCACAUAACCUCAAGGGAUCCGACCAGAAGAAGUGCUUGUCUGGACGCUAUAGCUACCAACAUAAACUCCUGGGACCAUAGGACUGAGGUGGUUAAAUCACUGGUGGCGGAUCACGACGGAGCUGUGCUCAUGUCAUUGGUAGCAGACCAGGUAAGGACCCAACCUGCAUGGUGUGAUAAUUAUCUAAUUAAAAAAAGAGUUAUAGAUAAGACCAACCUGCCUACUUUGUGCAAAGAGCUAGGGAAAGUAGACUGGGACUCAAUCCAACAUAUUCAACAUGCUGAAUCUGCUUUUUCUGUCUUUUCUACAAUGUACCAAGAUAAAUUUGAUGAGAUCUUUCCGUUAAAAGUUUGCAAAUUCAAAUCAACCUCUAACAAACCUAAGCCCCUAAAUAGCAAUAAGUCAUGGUAUACCCCUCAACUUGCAGCUAUACGCUCUCAUAUGAUCCUAGUUCAUGAUCAUUAUAAACUUGCCGAUGAUGAUAACCUAAAAGCUCGCUACUUCCUACUCUAUACUAAAAUAAAACAGCACUAUAGUUCUGAAGUUAGGAAUGCAAAGAAGGCACACAAUGUUAAAGUGAUCUCAGAAUCUACUAAUGCCUGUAAAGCCGCGUGGGGGAUUGUUAAUGAACACCGCAAGCAAACUCCUGGCCCCAUUGCUGUAGCGUCACCUGACGAAUUCAACAACUUCUUUGUUAAAGUUGCAGAUGACAUAAUCUCUGAUUUACCUCUGUUACAGCAUCAGGACCCCCUACACCAACUUGACGAUUUUUCCUCGAACCAUACACUAACACAUUGGAACAAGAUCCUUGAGACCGUUAUGAAAAUCCAACUGAUGGCCUACCUUGAAAAUAAUAACUUACUUUCUGAGGCUCAACACGGUUUUAGGAGCGGACGCUCUACGACCACUGCAUUGACGUUUCUUGUUGAGAAAAUCACGGAAGCCUUUGAACAAAGCGAGUCAGUCCUUCUGAGACUCUGCGACCUCAGCAAGGCCUUCGAUGUCGUGAGUCAUGAUCUGCUAAUAGCAAAACUUAGGAAGUAUGGAGUUGGAGGUGCUGUCCUUGACACCUUGUCCUGCUACCUGGCCGACCGCAAGCAGGUUGGGUCCCUAAAUGGUGCUUCCUCUUGUAUUAGAGACGUCCCACACGGAGUACCUCAGGGCUCGGUGCUAGGCCCAAUCCUCUUCAGCUUGAUGAUUAACGACCUGUGGCUUAAUGGAUCCACCAUGUUAUUUGCAGACGACACUACCCUCAUAUCACAGGGGAAGGACAUUGGACAGGUUCGGACGGAGGCCGACCACCUACUGGAACGGGCCAAAGACUGGUUCAACAUGAACCGAUUCAAGCUAAAUGAGGACAAAACCCAAUCGCUGCUGUGCACCCUAAAGCUUGAUCCACAUUAA